GAAGAUCCAGAUCUCUGAAAGAACCAAUGUGACAAGGCUACUGAAGCACAAUCACGGCAAAGACAAAUGGCGAGCGGAGCUGCACAGAUUAGUUUUAGCUAAUGGUUUCACCAGCAUUGGCUUCCUAGUGAUCAUCACAUUCAGGCGCCUUCAUAAGUAUAGUGGGUGGACCUGUACUCUUGUUGCAAUAAUGGAAAGCCACUUGCUGACAUUGUUGCUCGUGUGUUUGCUUCCGAGAACUGUGUAUGCACAGGCUGGCGCACCUGAGGGAGUUCUCAACUGCUGCGAGGGGGAUGUCCUCUUUCUGUUGGAUUCCUCUGGGAGUGUGUCAUCCUAUGAGCAUUCCCGCAUGCUCGACUUCCUGUCAGAGCUCCUCCUGCCAUUUUCCUUGGGGGAGGAUCAGGUGAGGAUUGGACUUCUACAGGUGGGCACCAAACCACGCCUUGAGUUCGGCUUUGACACCUACCGCACUCAAAGUAGCCUGCAGGCGGCUUUGAAGGCCACCAAACCCCUCAGAGGGGACACCAACACCGUACAGGCGCUCAAGAUCGCAAAGGAUGGAGUGCUGAGACCAGGAUCUGCGGACGGGGCCCGUCCGGGGCUCCCCAGGGUGCUGGUGUGGCUGACGGACGGAGUGAAACCGGGUGACGUGAUUGGCCCAAUGGCUGAGCUGAGGGGGGAAGGUGUGGCGGUGCUGGUGGUCUCCACUGGCCACAGUAACUAUCAGGUGUUGAGGCAAGUUGUGUCGCCACCAGCUGAGAACCACCUGUACUUUGUGGACAUCGAUGACAUGAGCAUUAUCGUAGAAGAUCUGCGGGAUGCCAUCAUCGAAAUAAUCCGCGCUGAGCAUAUGACUGUCCGGGAAGUGUCCUCCAGUGCUGCCACGCUUCAGUGGCGACCUGUUCUGUCUGGUAUGAGGGGCUACUACGAGAUCCGCUUCAGUCCAAUACUAUCAGGCGGAACAGGAAAUGGAGGAAGCGGCACUGGGACCAGUCCAAGCACUGGUGGGAGUCAGUACCAGAGACUUGUCCAGUCAUCAGAUUCCAACGCUAUCAGGCUAACGGGCCUGACGCCCGACACCGUCUAUACUGCCACUUUGACACCCGAGUCUAAUGAACAAGCUUUUAACACUCUAUCGGUCACCUUCACGACACAAUCAGAGGUACAGAGUCCGUCUGUGGUCACAGUCUCAGAGUCGGGGCCGACCAGUGUUCGGGUGAGCUGGGGUCCUCUCCAGCCGGAGAUCGUUACAAGUUACUACAUCGAAUAUUCUGCACUGCCCACUGGAAAGCUGCAAACAGCCACAGUGGACAAAAGGCAAAACUCCACACUCCUCAAGAACCUCCAAACAGACACCACCUAUUUGGUCACCGUUAGUGCCCGGCAUUCAUCGGGCAAGGAGAAGGCAAUGUCAGUCAAAGUCUGCACACAGGAAGUGACUCCAGCACUGGCUGACCUGCAGCUGACUACAGUGGACAGCCACUCUGUGCAGGUGGACUGGAGAGGGUCCUUUGAUGGUUUGAAGGGCUACUGGCUCACUUGGGAAGGAGAAGAAAGAGUUGCCCAGCGUUCGUCUCUCUACCUGCCUCCCAAUUCUCAGUCUACACGACUCACAAACCUCCCUCCUUCGGCAAGGGUGUGCGUGUCACCCAUCUAUAAGACAGCUCGGGGAGAGGGACUGUGCUGCACGGCAAAAUUUGCCUCAGAUGCAUCAACGUAUGGCUUCCAGUCAUAGCACCGCCAAAACGACGAGUGAUCCUAACCAAACAUGGAGGCUCAUAGCAAGAACAACAAUGUUGACUUUUCUUCCAUAAUAUUUUCCCAUGCUUCUCCUCACUUUGUGGAUAUCAUCCAGGAAUGGUGUGUAGCUUAGUGUACAGAGCACUAGUGUGGAAAACAGACACUAAGGAGUGAUCUGACACAAUGUAGUCGCAUGCUGGCUGCCAUAAUUAGGAAGACAAAAGGUCGACAGUAUUUGGGUUUAUACGCAUUGGCCGGUCUACAUACAUGACUCUAUUCAAGAUGAUGUUUAACGCUGAAGUUUUACUGCUGCCCCUGUCAGAAUGACUCUGACACACAUAUUUAAAGUCAAAGAUACCUAGUUAUUUAAUAGCAUCUAUCAUUUUUUUUCUCAUGCAAGAUAAAGGGCAUAGCUGUGGCCCAUUAGAUUCUCUUAAAUUAUGCAGUUUAAAUAAUUCAAUGUUUUCCUUUUUCAAAAAGACCAUUCUGGGAAUACAUUGGGUUAUAGAUGUGGCUUGUUUUAGAGAAUGUUUUUCACCAUCAGAGGGCCUCAUGCACCAAGCAGUUGUUUGAAUUCGAAAAACACGAACAUCUGGUCCUUUCUUGUAAUAAGUACUAAUAAAUAUUAUGUUGUGUUAUUUUUGGAUAGUAACAAACUGAUCUGUAAUUACCAUUCAUUUAAACAGCCAUGUUCACGCCCCCCCCCCCAAAAAAAAAAAACACGUCUGAAGAAGUGUUCAGAUUCCAUCGUUCAUAUUUAUUCUCCCCAAAUACCUUGGAGGCUUAGAUUAUAUUUAACAUUAUUAAUAGUGCCAAGAGGGGUUGCGUCAGGAAGGGCAUCUGGCGUAAAAACUGUGCCAAACAAAUAUGAGCCUUCAUCUAAGAUGUCACACUGUGUGGCGACCCCAAACGGGACAAGCCGAAAGAAAUUUACAUACUAAUAGUGCAUACAAUAGUUUGUUCUUCACGUUUCUAGGCUGUUACUGAGUUAGUCUUUGCUGCCAUCUACUGUCACCAAGCUCGGCAGUUUGCUGUCAGUGUUGAAAGCUCAAAAUUCUCCUUAUAGAGAAUAUUUUAUUGUUAUUGUUGUUGUUGUUGAUAUCCCCCACUUUGUAACAUCAGCUUACAAUAAAUUUGUUUAACAGUUUUGGUAACAUGA